GAAGGAGGUUACGCGGAGAGGCCUGACAAGACCGGGCUAGGGUCGGCGGUGCCGGCCUGGGUUUUGUGGUUGAGACCGUGUCUCCACCACUGAGCCCAGGAAGAUGGUGCUGGGUGGCUGCCCGGUGAGCUACUUACUUCUGUGCGGCCAGGCGGCUUUGCUGUUGGGGAAUCUACUUCUGCUGCACUGUGUUUCUCGGAGCCACUCGUACAAUGCUACCGCCGAGCUCGAGCUCACGUCCGCUAGUGCCACCCACCCAGAGGGCUCCGCGGGUGCUCCAACCUGGGAAUAUGGCGACCCCCACUCUCCAGUCAUCCUUUGCUCUUACCUACCUGAUGAAUUUAUAGAAUGUGAAGACCCAGUGGAUCAUGUUGGAAAUACAACCGCAUCCCAGGAACUUGGUUAUGGUUGUCUAAAGUUUGGAGGUCAGGCAUACAGUGAUGUGGAGCAUACUUCAGUCCAGUGCCGGGCCCUAGAUGGAAUUGAGUGUGCCAGUCCUAGGACCUUCCUGCGGGACAAUAAGCCUUGUAUAAAGUACACUGGCCACUACUUCAUAACAACUUUACUCUACUCCUUCUUCCUGGGAUGUUUCGGAGUAGAUCGUUUCUGUUUGGGACACACGGGCACAGCGGUUGGGAAGCUGCUGACACUUGGAGGACUUGGGAUUUGGUGGUUUGUUGACCUUAUUUUGCUCAUCACCGGAGGGCUGAUGCCAAGUGACGGCAGCAACUGGUGCACUAUUUACUAAAAAGAGCUGCUGUUACUGCCCAGGGAAUCAAGUGAAUGCUCUGUCUUCUGAAUUCAUCUCUACAGGCUCAAGAAUUCUUCUUUGAUAUAACACCUGAACAUUAGUUUCCCUCUUUGGAAGGAAUGGGUUUGGUGAAGAAGGAUUCUGUGGACUUUCAACCUUAAAUCUUACCUUGCAGACUAGAAAUGACAAGCAGUAUUGUGGGAAUCAAAUUUGUACCUUCCUCAUGUACAAAAUAUAAAGGAUAGUGUCUAACUUAUGAACUACAGAUGGUUUUCUCUACUCUUUAUUUCUGUACGUUGCUAUGUCUUCAGUUCUUUGAAGCAGGUGGACCCAACAGGAGGAGCAAAAUGAAUAUUUUUAUCUGUGUGCCUUUUGUGACCCUGAAUCUUCUUGUAGAGAAGAUCCAAAGCUGAGCCAAUGAAAAUCUUGAGGAGAAGUAGAAAUGGCUAUGGAUCUUAAUACACAAAUGAAAUCUGUACUUUCUGAAUUUAAAAUAUAGAAUAAAUUUUGCCAACAUGGA